UCAAAUUAUGUUUUUGUCUGCUAGAACAUCGAUCGUUGUACAUUUCGUCUAGUGAUAAUAUCUUAGAUUAUUUAUUCUUUGCGUGUUUGCAGUUGGUUUAAGAUUAUUUUUGUCAAGAUAUAAAUAAGCUUAUAUCUUUGCUGUAAUUCUUAGUGAUCGUCCGUUUACGAAAAUCAACAUGGCGGCUGCCGUUGAAGUUUUCACUCCAGUGUUUCGARCGCCUGAUACAGCCUCUCCUGCUACUCGGCGUCGUCGUCCUUUAGCUCUGAUUAGUAACAAUACUCCAUUAAAUGAUUUGACGUUAAAUGAUGAUGCUGCAGAAAAGAGACAGAGAAGAUUGUCCCGUGUUACAAGUGUUGCUCUUUCAAGCCCUGCCACUGGUACUCCAAGAACCCAAAGUCGUUUGGACAGUGAACGGAAUAUGACCACCAAAAGUGGAUUAUCAAAUUUACAGCUCAAGGACUUGUACUCGAACUGCAUCAAGUUAUCAACSGAAAAUAAAAUCAAUUCCAAAAACGCGUUUGGAUUGCAUCUAAUCGAUUACAUGCAAGACCUUAUCAAGACUGUGAAGGAAGGGGAAAUGACCAACUUCCAAGUGGCGAGCUGUACAUUGGAUGCUAGUGCAAAGAUUUACGCAGGAAGAGUAGAUUCAAUCCAUASUCAAGCUUAUAAGAUGUUAAGUGGUCUAGGACGGACAGAGAACGAUCAGGAGAAUCAAGGUGAAAAUGCAGCUGAUGAUGUACCUGGUGGAAAACAGAGAACAAGAAAGGCYCACUCCAAACCAGGAAACACCAUUGAAACCAACAUUAAAAAUCUGAAUGUUAAUCAAUUUGACCUAGAGUUUGAGGUGGAUCCCUUGUUUCAUAAAACAUCAGCGGCRUUUGAUGAGGGCGGUACAGUGGGACUUUUGAUGAAYAACCUGUUCGUCCGUGAUGACACUUGUGAAAUUCUUCUUGACUCUAAUGCURUAGCCAUGACAACUAGAGACUCAACCACACAAGGACAAACUUCACAAGAUGCUAAUAUGGUUGAUUUGUCAGAGCUUAGAGAAGCAUACAGUAAUGUCAAUUUUGAAGCAUAUCAGAUUUGCCCAUAUUUCAGUGAGUUUGAAUUCACCAACUGGAAUAAGAAUGAUGAGGGUAACAAUGCUAUCAACAGCAUUAUCUCCAAGUACAAAAAUGAUGAGCAUGCCUUUGAUGUUGAUGCUCCAGCUACAGAAGUUGAAUACCCAGAGCCUGUGGCUGGAGAUUAUAGCGAUGAAGACAUGCCUGACAUGGGAGAGGAUAUUGAGUAUGGUCAUGAUGGUUGCGAAGCAGUSAACGGUGGCAYUCCAGCAGCAUAUAGUUUAGCUAAUGCAACCCUGGCAUUUGCAGAUGGACAAGAAGCAAGACUUAUUAAUAGUCAAGAUCCAAGAUCCACAGCAAAUACACUAGGAAGUCUGUGUUUAGAGCUGUCUGAGAAACCCAAUGAGUAUUCUUACUUCAAGUCAAGUGUACUUGCAACAUGGGCAGGACCAGAACACUGGAAAAUGAAGGCCAGACUAUCAAAAUUGGCUGGUAUCACAACUUCAACAUCAUCCCAAGAUCAAGACACUAAGAAGAAGAAAGCAAGGAAAGAACCAUUUAAAAUAGACUUUGACAAGGAACUGGACAUCAAACAAUACUUCUCCAAAGGAAGGGCUUCAACUACACUUGCUAAAUCAACUUUACAAAAUAUGUCAUCUUUGAGAACUACUCUUCCAGAAGAUCUUCAUUACAAUGCUGACAACUUGUUCAGGCUAUUUACAAAACCCAAGAUACUGGUAAGAAGACAAGCUCAACAAACUGAGGUUGCUGAUGAUGGUUCAGAAUGGUAUAAUUACAACAAUGCUAAUGAUGCCGCUAACUUCUGCCCUGACCUUCAGGACGACGAUGAUGACCAUCCAGGAGAUGCCGCUAAUGAAGGUCAAGAUAUGACAUGUACAGAGGGGGUUAAUCCAGAUAUGACAUAUGACAUAACUAAUUCCUCACAAGGUCUAAGUUUCUCUAAUGAGACUGCAAUGGACCUCACUAUGUUUGCUGGAGAUGGAUUAGUAGYCCAACCAAACAAAGUAGCAAAAAUUGACAUUUGUUAUUCCAAGACUGCAAAGAAAAUGGAUGUCAAGAAACUCAAAGCUGCCAUGUGGGGCUUGCUUACCAAAGAGAACCCUCAUAAGGAAAAUAUGGCCAAUGAAGCCAGUGAAGAGCCCGACUUAGAAGAACAUGAACAAGACAAUACUAAAUCAUUCAAAGAUGUWUAUGAGCARCUACCAYCUUUGAUAUCAAAAAACAUGACUAAGAACCUGUCUAUUCCUAUUGCCUUUGUCUGCAUCCUACAUCUGGCCAAUGAAAAGUGCCUCAAGAUGUUAAAGGAUGAUGAAAUGGCAAACUUUGGCAUCRCUCUGGAAAAAGUGUAGUGGCCAAGUUCUUCMCAUUUUUAGUAUAAUUCAUAUUUUUAUUGAUUUUAAUGUGUAAUUCUUAAAUCAAAUAAAAUGUUUAUAUUAUUGAUC